CGACUUCUUGCUAGGGAGCGUUUGCGUCAAUCAUGGGUUGAGUUCAAUAUUUCUUCAGCUCGUAAUCAUGUCUUCAAGGGAUUGGUUCACCGGAGAAGUUGUGGUCAUCCCUUUUAGAGACUUUUAGCAGUGAAAACCAGUGGCAAUAAUCAGCAACAGUUUACAUGCGCGUCAAUUAUCAAAGGCUUGUGCUGAGCUCACUCUUCCAGCUGGUUCUAACAACAAGACAGACAUGUUUCCACCUCUGCCAUGGACUCCAGAAAUGAUAUCCACAUACUGCCAGAAAAAAUGGGGUGUGAUACCUCAACCUAACUGGGCACCCAUACAGUUAUGGGGGAAAGAUAUAUCUUCAUCUUCUAAUAUUAUUUUUUCCAAUGGUGACCUGGAUCCAUGGAGACCUGGUGGGGUGUUAGAAGAUGUCUCACCAACACUGGUGGCACUUCUGGUCAAAGGUGGAGCUCACCAUCUUGAUCUGAG